AUGUCCUGGGACCCUUAUCUGUCUGCCGACCCCGCGCAGAUGGAGGUGCCACUGCCACCGGGGCGCCGGGCGCGGACGGCCACUGGGCUGGACGUGGGCCCCGGGCCUGAGCUGUGUGCCACGCUGGUGCAGGGCAAGUUCUUCGGGUACUUCUCGGGGGCUGCUGUCUUCCCCGCCAACGCCUCUCGCUGCUCCUGGACUCUGCGCAACCCGGACCCGCGGCGCUACACGCUCUACCUGAAGGUGGCCAAGGCGGCCCAGCCCUGCGCCGGCCCCGGCCGCGUCCACACCUACCAGUUUGACUCCUUCCUGGAGUCCACGCGCACCUACCUGGGCGUAGAGAGCUUCGACGAGGUGCUGCGUCUGUGUGACCCCUCUGCGCCCCUGGCCUUCCUGCAGGCCAGCAAGCAGUUCCUACAGAUGCGCUGGCAGCAGUGGCCCCUGGACGGCGUGGCCCCCUGGGUCCCGGGCCCCAGCGAUGAUUUCUCCGUGGAGUACCUGGUCGUGGGCAACCGCAGCCCCAGCAGGGCCGCCUGUCAGAUGCUCUGCCGCUGGCUGGAUGCCUGUCUGGCCGGCAGCCGCAGCUCACACCCCUGUGGCAUCAUGCAGACGCCCUGUGCCUGCCUGGGCGGGGACGCCGGUCCCCCGGCAACUGGCCCCCAGCAUCCCCACGGGGACGUCUGCCUUCAGGACGGCAUGGCCGGCAGCCCCGAAAACUGCCUCACGAGCCUGACCCAGGGCCAGGUGGGGGACGGUGCCCCAGGCGGCUGGAAGCUGUGGUCACUGUGGGGCGAGUGCACGCGGGACUGCGGGGGCGGCCUGCAGACGCGGACGCGCACCUGCCUGCCCACGCCGGGCGUCCAGGGCGGCGACUGCGAGGGCGUGCUGGAGGAGGGGCGCCUGUGCAACCGCAAGGCCUGCGGCCCCGCGGGGCGCAUCAACUCUCGGAGCCAGUCGCUGCGCUCCACCGACGCCCGGAGGCGCGAGGGCCUGGGGGACGAGCUGCAGCAGAUCGGGUCCCCUUCGCCGCAGACAAGUGACCCCGCGGCCGAGGAGUGGUCGCCCUGGAGCGUGUGUUCCAGCACGUGUGGCGAGGGCUGGCAGACCCGCACUCGCUUCUGCGUGUCCUCCUCCUACAGCACCCAGUGCAGCGGGCCCCUGCGCGAGCAACGGCAGUGCAACAACUCCGCGGUGUGCCCAGUGCACGGCGCCUGGGAUGAGUGGUCCCCCUGGAGCCUCUGCUCCAGCACCUGUGGCCGAGGGUUCCGGGACCGCACGCGCACCUGCAGGCCCCCCCAGUUUGGAGGCAACCCCUGCGAGGGCCCUGAGAAACAAACCAAGUUCUGUAACAUCGCCCUGUGCCCUGUGGACGGCAACUGGAACGAGUGGUCCAGCUGGAGCGCCUGCUCAGCCAGCUGCUCCCAGGGCCGCCAGCAGCGCACGCGGGAGUGCAACGGGCCUUCGUAUGGCGGGGCCGAGUGCCAGGGCCACUGGGUGGAAUCGAGAGACUGCUUCCUGCAGCAGUGUCCAGUGGACGGGAAGUGGCAGGCAUGGGCAUCCUGGGGCAGCUGCAGCACCACCUGUGGGGGCGGCACCCAGCGUCGGGAGCGCUCCUGCUCAGGGCCCUUCUUCGGGGGAGCAGCCUGCCAGGGCCCGCAGGAGGAGUCCCGGCACUGCAGUGCCCGGGGCUGUCCCGAACCCCAUGAGAUCUGUGACGAGGACAGCUUUGGUGCUGUCACGUGGAAGGAGACACCUGCAGGGGAGGUCGCUGCUGUUCGAUGUCCUCGGAACGCCACAGGCCUCAUCCUUCGGCGCUGUGAGCUGGACGAGGAAGGCAUCGCCUACUGGGAGCUGCCCACCUACAUCCGCUGCGUGUCCAUCGACUACCGAAACAUCCAGAUGAUGACCCGGGAGCAUCUGGCCAAGGCCCAGCGCGGGCUGCCCGGGGAAGGGGUCUCCGAGGUCAUCCAGACUCUGGUAGAGAUCUCCCAGGAUGGGGCCAGCUACAGCGGGGACCUACUGUCCACCAUCGAUGUGCUGAAGAACAUGACGGAGAUCUUCCGCAGGGCCUACUACAGCCCCACACCCGGGGAUGUGCAGAACUUUGUCCAGAUCAUCAGCAACCUGUUGGUGGAGGAGAACCGGGGCAAAUGGGAGGAGGCCCAGCUGGUGGGCCCCAACGCCAAGGAGCUGUUCCGGCUGGUGGAGGACUUUGUGGAUGUCAUCGGCUUCCGCAUGAAGGACCUGCGAGACGCAUACCAGGUGACAGACAAUCUGGUGCUCAGCAUCCACAAGCUCCCGGCCAGCAGGGCCAUGGACAUCAGCUUCCCCAUGAAGGGCUGGCGGGCCACUGGCGGCUGGGCCAAGGGGCCUGAGGACAGGGUCACUGUCUCCAAGAGCGUCUUCUCCACUGGCCUGGCAGAGGCUGACGACUCGUCUGUCUUUGUCGUGGGCACUGUGCUCUACCGGAACCUGGGCAGCUUCCUGGCACUGCAGAGGAACACCACCGUGCUGAACUCCAAGGUCAUCUCAGUGACCGUGAAGCCCCCGCCUCGCUCCCUGCUCACGCCCCUGGAAAUCGAGUUUGCGCACAUGUACAACGGCACCACCAACCAGACCUGCAUCUUAUGGGACGAGUCGGACGGAGGAGCCUUGAGAAGCCACCCCCUCCCCUGUGCCUGGGCUCUGCAGGGCCCUGACCUUGAUCUUGACCUUGACCCCCCGCAGGGCAUGGAGAAGACCACCUUGCCGUCCGUGGCCCUCAUCGUGGGCUGCGGCGUGUCCUCGCUCACCCUGCUCCUGCUCAUCAUCAUCUACGUCUCCGUAUGGAGGUACAUCCGCUCAGAGCGCUCUGUCAUCCUCAUCAACUUCUGCCUCUCCAUCAUCUCGUCCAACGCGCUCAUCCUCAUUGGGCAGACACAGACCCGAAACAAGGUGACGUGCACGCUGGUGGCUGCCUUCCUGCACUUCUUCUUCCUCUCCUCCUUCUGCUGGGUGCUCACCGAGGCCUGGCAGUCCUACAUGGCCGUCACCGGCCACCUCCGGAACCGCCUCGUCCGAAAGCGCUUCCUGUGCCUGGGCUGGGGACUGCCUGCACUGGUGGUGGCCAUCUCCGUGGGAUUCACCAAAGCCAAAGGGUACAGCACCAUGAACUACUGCUGGCUUUCUCUGGAGGGGGGCCUGCUGUACGCCUUCGUGGGACCGGCGGCCGCUGUCGUGCUGGUGAACAUGGUCAUCGGGAUCCUGGUGUUCAACAGGCUGGUCUCCAAAGAUGGCAUCACCGACAAGAAGCUAAAGGAGCGGGCAGGGGCCUCACUCUGGAGCUCGUGCGUGGUGCUGCCGCUGCUGGCGCUGACCUGGAUGUCCGCCGUCCUCGCCGUCACCGACCGCCGCUCCGCCCUCUUCCAGAUCCUCUUCGCAGUCUUCGACUCGCUGGAGGGCUUUGUCGUCGUCAUGGUGCACUGCGUCCUGCGCAGAGAGGUCCAGGAGGCCGUCAAGUGCCGCAUGGUGGACCGGCAGGAGGAGGGCAAUGGCGACUCAGGGGGCUCGUUCCAGAACGGCCACGCCCAGCUGAUGCCUAUCUCUGUCUUGCAGACCGACUUUGAGAAGGAUGUGGAUCUGGCCUGUAGAUCAGGUGAGCGCCUGACAGCACCCCCCAGCCUGGGUGAGUCUGGGGAACCAGCAGCCCACGCAGGGCCCAGCACAGGUACCAUGACUAAGAACGGAACUGUGGCUGCCUUGUCCGUGAGCUCCUUGGAGCGGCGGAAAUCGCGCUACGCAGAGCUGGACUUCGAGAAAAUCAUGCACACCCGGAAGCGGCACCAGGACAUGUUCCAGGACCUGAACCGGAAGUUGCAGCACGCAGAGAAGGACAAGGAGGUGCUGGGCGCGGACAACAAGCCUGAGAAGCAGCCGACGCCCAACAAGCGGCCGUGGGAGAGCCUGCGCAAGGCGCACGGGACGCCCGCCUGGGCCAAGAGGGAGCUGGAGCCGCCGGCGCCCUCGCCGCUGGAGCUGCGCGGCGUGGAGUGGGAGAAGACGGGCGCCACCAUCCCGCUGGUCGGCCAGGACAGCGUGGACCUGCAGACCGAGGUCUGAGGGCGGCCGCGCGGCCACCGCAG